AUGGCCGACAGCAAGAUACUGAUAAUCGACGACGAAUGGGAAUCGGCAAUCGUCAAGGCGGUGCAGCGUCGCCUGGAGGACGAGGGCUGGCGCACCAUUAUCGUGCAGCCCCAGUCCAAGUGGCUGGUUGGUGACGAGUUUGAGAACGCCACCCUCUACGCCAUAGAGGACGAACGUCCCGAUGGCGUCCUCCUGGACGUCCGCCUGGGUGAGCACCGGGACGAUCAGUUCAGGGGACUGGAGAUUUUGCGCCAGAUUGUGGAGCAUUACCCCACCCUGCCGGUCUUGAUGUUUACCCAGUACGCCCAGGGGCCGGCGCGGGACACGGCGGUUCGCGGCGCCCUGCGCUGGAACGCCCCGGUAGACUUCAUAGACAAGCUGGCCAGCCCCGAAGAAGUGGUACUGCGCCUCCGGCGGCUGAUGGGUUCCAGCCCCGAAAUGAUACCCAUCGGCACCCACCUGAUGGUGGAUGUAGGCGCCGAGGCCGUCUCCGCUCGCCGGGAGCGGGACGGAGCGCUGCAACCGGUGGGCGAUAUUCACGGAAUGAAAUUCGAGAUUUUCAGAGAACUUGCCGCUGCCUGGUAUCGAAGCCCCGGCGAGUUGGUGCCAUUCAGCCGCCUGGAACGCUACUCGGAAGGCGAAGAGGCCCGCGCAUCCCUGCGGGUACGCAUUCGAGAAUCAAGGUUUCCGUAG